UUUUCUUUCCCUUUUUUCAAUCGCAGCCAUUGAUCAAGAUUCGUCUUUGUCUGGUUUUUGGAUUUUUUUAAGUAAGAAAAAGUUGUUUAUUAACUUUUGUACUUGAAAUAUAAACUAAAAGAAUAAUGGACGACGAAUGGGAUGACUCUGGUGAUGUUGUGAUGCAGGCACCGCCAGUGCAAAACAAUGGUGGAGAUGACAGUGAAGGCCACAACUUUACAAGGGGCAGAGGAUUUACGUCUAUUGUUGAAGACGAUGAUGAUUUCAACAAGGGCAGCAAUGGAUUCGGUGAACGACGCGGUCGCGGAGGUGGUCGUGGUGGUCGCGGAGGCGGGCGAGGCCGGGGGGGUCGCGGGGGACGGGGCGGCGGCGGAAGAGAUAGAGGCGACUAUGAAAAUGGAGGGGACAAUGAUUAUGACAAUGAGGACAGAGGGGACAGGGGAGACAGAGGCGAGCGAGGCAGAGGCCGGGGCAGGGGUAGAGGCGGGCGAGGCGGGUCGCGGCCCAGCGGCGGCAGUGAUGACGACGGGGAGAACCCUGAGGGGGCCGACGGUGAGAAGAAGGCACCAGUGACGUAUGUGCCGCCGGAGCCCACUGAGAAUGAAGAAGAAAUCUUCAGCAGCACCAUCAGCAGUGGAAUCAACUUUGAUAAGUUUGACUGUAUUGCGGUGAAGGUAACUGGUGAAAAUCCUCCUCGAGCUAUAGACAGCUUCCAGAGCGCUAAUUUACGGAAAUAUGUCGUGGAGAAUAUUUUGAAAUCUGGCUACAAGAAGCCCACGCCGAUACAGAAACACGCGAUCCCCAUCAUAAUGGCUGGCCGAGAUUUGAUGGGUUGCGCCCAGACUGGCUCGGGGAAAACCGCCGCCUUCCUACUGCCAAUAAUAAAUACGCUGUUACAAGACCCCCGGGACCUGCAGACAGGGGAGCACGGCGCACAGCCGCAGGUCGUCAUAGUGUCCCCCACUCGGGAACUGACGUUGCAAAUAUUCAACGAGGCGAGGAAGUUCUCCCACGGCUCGGUGCUGAAGAUCGCUGUAGCCUACGGUGGGACUGCCGUCCGUCACCAGGGUGACAGUAUUGCUCGAGGAUGUCACAUACUGGUGGCCACUCCGGGUCGUCUGAACGACUUCGUUGACCGGGGUCGUGUUUCUUUCGAGAGUAUCCGGUUCGUUGUCCUGGAUGAGGCUGAUCGCAUGCUGGACAUGGGUUUCAUGCCUAAUGUUGAGAAGAUGAUGGGGCACCCCACCAUGGUACCUCUUAAAGAGCGACAAACGUUGAUGUUCUCGGCAACAUUCCCAGAAGACAUCCAGCACUUGGCCGGUAGAUUCCUCAACAAUUACCUGUUCGUGGCCGUGGGCGUAGUCGGUGGCGCCAGCACUGACGUGGAACAGAUCUUCUUUCAGGUCAGCAAGUAUGAAAAGCAAGACAAACUGAAGAACCUUGUCGAAGAAUAUGAAGGAAAACGCGUCCUUGUGUUCGUGGAAACGAAGCGCAACGCGGAUUUCAUUGCCGCCAGACUGUCGCAGAUACAGAAGAUGACGACGUCCAUCCACGGCGACCGCUUGCAGCAGGAGCGCGAAGAGGCGCUGCAUAACUUCAAGACCGGGCGCCACUGUAUACUAGUCGCCACCGCUGUGGCUGCUAGAGGGUUAGAUAUUAAGAAUGUAGAUGUGGUGGUGAACUAUGACUUGCCGAAAAGCAUAGAUGAGUAUGUGCACAGAAUUGGCAGAACCGGUCGCGUUGGCAACAGAGGAAUAGCUGUUUCUUUCUAUAAUCCUGACACGGAUUCUGCGUUGGUAGCGGACUUGGCAAAGAUCUUACGGCAGGCGGAUCAGACGGUGCCAGACUUCUUCCAGGGCGGCGGCACCGCUACAUACACUGGCAACAAAUAUGGCGGCAGUGACAUUAGGAAUUUCAAUAACGCAACAGCAGCGGUGGACCAAGGGCAGGAGCCUGACGAGGAGUGGUAAACGUUUGUGUGACGUGGACCUCUUGAUAAUACUACUAGACGAUCCAAUGAUCCAGUGAUUGUGUGAUUAAUGUGCAACUAGUGGUGCGUGUAAAUAUCAUUGGUGCUUGCUGACUGACAAUCCAGUGUUUAUGAAAACUUAAAUGUGACUAAACAAGUGUGAAGAUUUAGGGUCUAUGCUCAUUAGAGCCACCUAAAACUCUACUAGCACCAGUAUGCCAGAUAGCGAGACAUUUAAUUGUGAUUUAAAAAUUGGGACGUCGCGCUAAAAUCAGGAUUUCUGGCAACGCCGACUAGCACCAACGUCGCAGCCUUCAGUGUUCACUCAUUGUUGACUAGUUGUUGCAUUGUCAAUCAAUGAACAUAUGGACACAUGUCUUCUAUUCAUGUAUAGGCAUGCUCAGUCAACACAAACAAGCAUAUGAAAAGACUUCAAACCAUAUAGUUUAAGUAGCCAAAAUCAAACUUUGUUUGAUUUCUGUCCAUUGUACUAUAGUCAUAUUGACUUUUCACAAAAGCUAAUGCUUUGUUAAAGUGGAAUACAAAGUUAUGCAAUCCAGUGAAGCAGAAUUGAUGUAAUGCACAUGCAGUGAGGUGGUAGGGUGCUGGUGGCUCAAAUGAGCAUUGACCUUUAUUCUUGGACACACAAUUUAUAAUAAUGUCACCUGACAUUUCUUGAUGUUGAAUCAUAAUAUUUCUAUGAUCACCAGUGAUUUUAGAUCCAACACAUACCUGCGGUGAGGCAGAGUUUGUUGAUGCCAACAAAUUAAGUUGUUGACAUUGAAAAAAUUAUUUACAUGACAAAAAUGUCUGAAAUAUGACAAGAAUAUAAGUGUGUGUUGGUCCUUAGUCACUUCUGGUCAUAGAAAAUAUGCUACUUAUGGGGAAAGUGUAUAAACAUCCCUUAUGAGGUAGGUAUAUAUUUUUAAUGAUUAUGAUCAUAAUUUUUGCCAUAAUAUGCAAAAUUGUUUUCUUAGUUUUAGUUAUAACUCAAUGUUUAUGUAGUGAUGAUUUCAUGGUAAGUUUUACAUGGUUUUUACAAGAGUUUCCAUAAAUGUUGUUUAUUAUGUUAUGUUUAAAUAAUUAUAAUACACAUUAAUCAUUAAUGUUUCCAUUAUAAUAUUAAGAAUAUGUGUCUACCUCUGUACAGUGUUUAUCCCUAAGCUGUUUAGAAGACUGUUUCACUGUGACAAGUAUUGUAGGUUAAGAACUAAUUGUUAAAUAUUAAUUUGCUAACAUCAAACAUGUUUUGCACAACACCUUUGAUUUGAACAAACCAUUUGGUUGUACUCAUAACGAGGAAAAUUAUUAUUGUUUUUUUUUUCAUUAUUUCGUUUAAGCGUGUUGAUUUAAGUUUUCUUUAGUUUUUCUUUUUUAUAAAAAUUGUUGCAUCAAAAUUCGAAACAGCUGAAGUCGCAAGCGACGUUUAAUGAGAAUCUGUGAUGUUUUAAUAUUAGAAGUUGCUCAGUUAAAAUUUUAACAUAGUUACACAUAUAAUGUUAAGUCUAUUUCCACUGAUUUUGUUAGGAAAAUACAUGUUGUAUUUGCUUAUAAUUUUUUUUUAUAUGAAAAAUUUUAUAUUGCCUUUUGAACAUAGAAUCUCUUUUAAUUAGUAUACUUCCUUAUUAAAUAGUGUUAUCAUCAAGUUAUAUGUAAGCAAAUGCCAGUAUAUAAAUUAAUGUUGGUCUCACUUAUCUUUUGAUACUGGAAAAAUCUAUCUAUUGACUAUUUGUUAUGCAAACAUCCAUUUCGGAAUUUCCAUAUAGUUAUGUACCAGUUCAGUCAAGCGAGUCGCAGGGAUUCGUUAAAUGUAGGUGGCUCAGGAUUGUGAUUUUUGAAAGUCCCAACAAAAGGCCUAUGUCCUGCAGUGGACAUCAAUGCCCUAUCAUAUUGUUACGAACUAGGGUUCGAGGAUUUGGAAUUAAACACCUGGUGACUCGUAUAAGACUUUAUUCCACUCCUUAAUCCAAAUAUAAGUACACACUUCCAAACUUAGGCAAUUUGUAGUCCGUUAUCGUAGCCGAGUUCACUAUAGCUCACUUGUAUCGCUUGUAUCACUUAGUGUUCACUUCACUCCGUUUCGAAGUUCACUGCCCCGAGCGUCAAGUCUGUCGUAUAUCAGGGACCGCCUGCGUGUUGUUUAUUCCGCGUAGUUCGCCAAAUCGAAACAAUAACAACAGAUAUGCAAUCAAAUCAUCUCGACUUGUAAACAACUCGAAGGGGCGAGCGAUUAUGAACCCUAUGUCUGUAGAAAAAAGGUUCUCCGUAACAAUAUCAUAAGUUAAAUAAACUACUGGCGUGUUUUAUGGUGGAAAUUAAUAUGUAACAGUCAAUUAAUUAAUUGUUAAGUGUUAAUGAUAACGCCAAGGAUCCAUGGUUUAACGUUUUGUCCGCCGGGCGUGAGUAACACCACCAAUUUCUCAACUCUGUCCUGCUACUCGGGAUUUAUUAGAAGACAGAGAAUCUUAAUAUUUCGUAGCCCUAGUUCUGGGUGCUAACAUGCGACCAAGUGAAGACAAAUAUCGUUCAAUGGCGGCGGAGUUGUCCCAGUCCCAUCUCAUUCUUCAUUCAUGAAACGAUAGUGAUAGCACAGAAAACAUAUAUACAAGUACAGAAGAUUCACUCCGCAACGUCAUUAAAAUAAAUAGCGACUCUCGGUACGACACAAUACGGCGCAAUUCAGUUCGACAAAAUUAUAAGCACGCCGUUUUAUUUACUUACAGUUUUAUAUUUAUUACAUGUACAACGUUAGGGUUGUCUUCAAAUGAAAAAUACUUACUACUAGAUUUAACGCGCGGCGAUGUUCGCAUACCUUAUAUAAAAUAAAAAAGUAAGAAAGACUUUUCAAGAAAUUGCAUAUUAUUCAAUUGCAAUCCGGCUUUCUACAAAUUUAUUUCGUAUUAUUGUUUUGGUACAUACCUAUGUGAAAUGAAACAAAUGUUGUUUGUGUAAAAAUAUAUAUAAGUUUUAAAUACAAGUCUAUCUUCGGUCUACUGUAUAACUAUGUAUACUUAAAAAAAAACAUUAUUUUAAUAUUACAUUAAUGUACAAAUUAACCAGAAAACCAUAUUAUAUCUAAUUGAAAAAACUGUGAUCAUUAUUAUUGUUAAGUAGAAUAGUUUGCUUUCGCCAUGGGCGUUGAUAAGUUGCUCGAUUUCAAAAUGGCGGACAUUUUCAUGUGAGAAGUAGAGUGCGCGCACGAUUAGUUUGCGCGUGGCCAAAAUCGGAACUGUUCAAAAGUGGCGCCAUCUUGUCGUCUAUCUCUAUCUCUUUGCGGGUAAAAGAGAUCACAAAUACUGGCAACAUAAUGGCGCCGUCAGUCGCGCGCUGACUUAUCUUGGACGCACUCUAGUAUCAGAAUGCAGGGUAUGUCAUUACAACUAAUUAUAAAAGAAGCAAAAAUCCUGAAAAGGACUCCGAUAAGUACAAAAGGGGGGAUGUGUAACUAUGUAUUACAAUAUUAUAUGACUUAAGGACAAAUUUAGUUUGUAUUACGCUUGUUUCAUUUUGCGACAAAAAUACUUUACAAAUAAACAUAAUUUUAAAUGUG